AUGAUGGCGUCGCUGUAUGAAGGCGCGCCAUACAAGGCGCAAGACUCGCAUGAAGUGGCCGAAAUGCUCCGCGCAUUGGAGGCAAACAAGGGUCGAAGCAAAGGCAAAGCCGGCUUCUCCUGCAAGAAGAGCACCUUCGCCGUCGACGGCACCGACAUCACCGUCGACUCGUGGAAAAUGCACGACUGGGACUACAAGAAGCCCCAUCUGCCAACCUACGCCCGAGGCCUCUUCACCACCACCACCCGAAAAGGCACGCCGGAGAUCGCGGUCCGAGGCUACGACAAGUUCUUCAACCACGGCGAGACGCGCGAAACCGAAUGGCCGAACGUCGAAGCCAACACCCGCGGUCCCUAUGAGCUCAGCGUCAAGGAGAACGGGUGCAUCAUCUUCCUGGCGGGCCUCGAAGACGGAGCGCUUCUUGUCUGCAGCAAGCAUUCCACCGGGGCCCGCGCUGACGUCGAAACCAGUCAUGCUGCAGCUGGUGAGCGCUGGGUUGAGCGGCAUCUUGCACGCGUGGGAAAGACCAAGCACGACCUCGCCAUCACACUUCGACAGAUGAACGCGACUGCCGUGGCCGAGCUGUGCGACGACGCCUUCGAGGAGCACGUGCUCGAAUACACUCCCGACGCAGCCGGUCUCUAUCUCCAUGGAAUCAACCUGAAUCUUCCCGAAUUCGCAACCUACCCUCAUCACCUGGUCGACCGCUUCGCCGAUGAGUGGGGCUUCAAGAAGACCACCUAUCUCAUCAAGCAUGAUAUCAACGACGUCCAUCACUUCUUGGAGCAAGUCGCCGAGACCGGCAACUUUGACGGCCGCGACACAGAGGGCUUCGUCAUUCGAUGCCAAUCGAAAGCGAAUACCAAUGCGUGGCAUGACUGGUUCUUCAAGUACAAGUUUGAAGAGCCUUACCUGAUGUAUCGUCAAUGGCGCGAGUGCACCAAGGCUGUCAUCGCCGGUCGACCUCCAAAAUACAAGAAGCACAAGAAGAUCACCGAGGACUAUCUCCUCUUCGCGCGACGCCAACUGCACGCAAAUAAAGAGCUUGCGAAAGCCUACAACAACAAUCAUGGCAUUAUCAAGAUGCGUGACGAUUUCCUCAAAUCUCGUGGCCUUACCGGUGCGGAUAUCAUUCGAGCGGAGGCAGCGGAAGGUGAAGUCUCAAGCGACGAAGUCACAAAGGAUGUGAUCCUGGUGCCGGUUGCCACCAUUGGCUGCGGCAAGACAACUGUAGCGCUUGGUCUGGUCAAGCUGUUUGGAUGGGGCCACAUCCAGAACGAUAACAUCACUGUUAAGCGUGGAAAGCCUCAGGCUUUCGCGGCCGCAUGCUGCAACGCACUUGCUGAAGAGAAUGCCAUGAUCGCUGAUCGCAACAACCACCAGCGUCGUGAGCGACAGCAGCUCAUUGACGAUGUCUCCAAGGUAGUACCGAAUGCAAGAUUCGUUGCACUGCACUUUGUACAUGACCGUAGCAACUACGACCAGAUCCGAACGGCGCUGCGAGAUAGAGUCCUUUCGAGAGGUGACAAUCACCAAACCAUCCACACCAGCAAAGGUCCGGAAGAAAUUAUUGGCAUCAUGGAAGGCUUCCUACAUCGAUUCGAGCCAGUCAAUCACGAAGCUCCUCCGGAUGACGGCUUCGAUAUAGUCAUCGAUCUCGAUCCUACACUAUCCUCGAGACAGAAUCUCGAAACGGUCGUCACGCGGUUGUACACAGAAUAUCCGAAGCUGUUCGGCGGCCAGGACAUGCCAACCCCUGACGACAUGGACCUUGCAAUUGAUGCAGCGCUGAACGAUUACCAAGUCGACAUCAAGCACGAAAUCAAGGGCUUUGACAAGAAACACAACAAGCACAAUGGUAAUCGACCGCAGUCCAAUGGCAAUCAGCCCAAGCCAAAAGAGAAGAAGGUGGAGUACUUUGCCGUUCAAGUGCCAGCGGCACGUGUCAAUGCCAUCCUGAACGCCAUGUUCGCCGACGCACCAGCAGAAGUCUCCAGAAUGUUCACGCAGCUCAAGAACACUCGUCGCCUCCAGACCGAGUUUCACGUCACCCUGAUCCAUCGCGCCAGCGCGGCAGACCACCAGGACACCUGGGCACACCUGACGGACCUUCACGCAAAAGCUUCAGCACCCACCGAGGAGCGCGCAUUCCCCAUUCCAGAUCCCAAGCUUGGUGCGUGUAGCGUGCGACUCGAGCGCCUCAUUUGGGACAACAGGUGUAUGGCAUUCAUCGUCCGUCUCCAGCCUCUCGACGGCAGCACAGAGCAGUUCCAGACCACCAACAAGACAGCACACAUCACCAUCGGCACGGCAUCGCCAGAUAUCAAGCCGAAAGAGUCAAACGACAUGCUUGCUCGUUGGCUCCAGGAGGGUAGCGGAGCAAACGGUAUCAAUGAGAUGGCAGUUAAAGGCAACGUGGAAUUGGAAGGCACAGUGAAAGGCAUUCUGUCGCGGUAG